AAAACGUAUAGAAUUAAAAACAAGGGCAAACGAAACGAUUUUUAGUCAAAUAGAACCAGCUAUAAUCAAAUUAACAUAUUCUGCAGAGUCCGUUGCCGUUAUGUACAAUUUGAUGCCAUAAUGCCGUUGACCGCACAAUUUGUGCGCAAUUUGCAGCGUUUCCGGCUCGUGACCUUUGACGUAACCGAUACGCUGCUCCGGCUAAAAGAGCCAACCAAACAAUAUGCCGAAACGGCCGAGGCAUGCGGCAUAAGCGGCAUUAACAAGUCACAGCUGGAACGCUGCUUUCGCCAGCAAUUCAAAUUGAUGAGCAGAACGCACACCAACUUUGGCCGCUGUACGCCGGACAUGAACUGGCAAGCCUGGUGGCGUCAGGUGGUCAUCAAUACGUUCACCUGCGCCGACGCCAGCCUAUCCAGGGCCCAGCUGCAAACUGUUGCCGAGCAGCUGCUGCUGAUCUUUCGCACCAGCGCCUGCUGGACGCACAUUGAGGGCGCCACGGAUUUUGUGCAGCGCGUCCGCGAGGCCGGCAAAUGUGUGGGCAUCAUAUCGAAUUUUGAUCCCUCGCUGCAUCAGGUGCUCAGCGCCAUGGGCUUCAAUGAUAAAUUUGACUUUAUAUUGAACUCGUACGAUGCCGGCGCCAUGAAACCGGAUCCGGCCAUAUUUCAACUGGCGCUGCAGGGCCGAAACAUAGCGCCCGCCCAAGCGCUGCACAUUGGCAAUCAGCUGGACAUGGAUUACACGGGCGCACGCAACAGCGGCUGGAGCAGUCUGCUCGUCCAGCAGCAACAGCCGGAACCGGCUGCGGCCGGGCACACGUACGCCAGCCUGGCCGAGAUGCUGCAGGCGCUCGAAACGCGGCAAAUAGCCUGGUGAAGGCGACGCCCAAAGCGCAGCCAAAAAAGCUGCAAUAACAAUUAGUUAGGCCUUGACUUGUUUAUUUAUUUAUAAUUUCAUGCUUAAAACUGACAAAUUGUACGCUCGACGAGAUUUCACUGUAUAUAAU